AUGGGCAAGGAUUUCAGCCUCAAGGUGGUCAAGGUGGUCCAAACAUGCCUCCGGAUCCACAAGCUUUUCUAUCAGACUACUGCAGAGCCUGUUGUGCCGGAGCACACUGUUCAAACCAAGCCAGAACUGCCCGUGGGAUUCAAGACCCCGAAGUUCAAUAAAUAUGAUGGUACGGGCAACCCGAAGACACACUUGCAUUUGUUUGCCAACAAGUUGGGCAGACCGGUGGAUGACGAAAACUUGCCAUUAAGGUUAUUUCCAGAGAGUCUAGAAGGAGACGCCCUCGAUUGGUAUUCAAACUUAAAGCCAAAGGAGGUGAAGACUUGGCUUGAUCUAUCCAACGCCUUCAUCAGACAAUAUGAGUAUAACUGUGAGCUAGCACCGACCCGAACUACUUUGGAAGGCACGAAGAGGCGACCAUCUGAAGAUCAUAAGACAUACGCCAAAAGAUGGAGAAAGAUAGCUGCCAAGGUUGAGCCUCCGAUGACCGAAGAUGAAAUUAUUCGCACUUUCAUAAAGGCGCAUGAUCCUCCAUACUUCGAAGAAAUCUUCCGUAUGACUGGGUGUACAUUUGCUGCGAUUGUGAAUAAACUCGAAGAGUAUGAUGAUUUUGUGAGAGCCGGAAAAAUUGUUAACAUCUCUGCCCUAAAAUCACAGGUAGAAGCUUUGCAAGGGCAAGGAAGCAGCAGGCCUCUAGACCAAUUGAAGGCCGCCGGGAAAAUUGGUAUGGUACCCCCUCCUACCUAUCCAUAUGGCAUGCCCGCUUGGUAUAACCCACAAGCUGUCUGUGCUUAUCAUUCAGGGGCACCCGGACAUUCGACUGUUGAUUGCAAGGCUCUUAAGCAUAGAAUUCAAGAUAUGAUUGAAGCCAGAGAGAUUGUAAUUAGGAAAAAGGAGGCACAAGGGACGAAUAUAAAUAGGAACCCCUUGCCUGAACACGCUAAUACCAUUGGGGUCAUUCUGGACGACGCAGAGUAUGAGGAGCAAGUCCAGAAAUUGGCAAGGGAAGCUGAGGUGUUUGGGGUCACAGACCAACCAUUUAUAAUGGAGGUGCCAUUUGAGGAGGAUAAAAGACCUUUUAUUUUGGAUCUCACUCUAGCUGAGAGCAAGGCUUUGGAGCCAGUGGUCAUCGAAUUCCCAGAGCAGGAGCCUGUUUUGAGUUUGCAGCGAGUACCGUGGAACUACAAUGAACCUGUCAUACAAAUUGGAGAAAAGUCAGUUGCCAAAGAAGAGGUGUCAGUGGUCACCAGAUCUGGGAGGAUUGCAAGUCCGUUUGGAGCUACCGUUCCGAUUCAAGUAAAUAACCCCGAGCUGCCUGCUAAACCAACAGUUACUGAGAAGGAAGCCUUGGAUUUUCUUAAAAGGCUCCAAAGAAGUGAAUAUAUUGUAGUCGAGAAGCUAAGCAAGUCGCCCGCCCAAAUAUCCAUGUUGGAUCUGCUCUUUUCUUCGGAUAUGCAUAGGGAUGCGUUGCUCGAAAUGCUGACCAAAGCUCAAAUCCCUAAGGACAUUUCGGUUGCUAAUUUCUCACAUGUGGUUGGGAGUGUGUUAUUUACAAAACAAAUUACUUUCUCUGAUGAUGAAUUACCGGCAAAAGGCAUUGGACAUAACAAGGCUCUGUACAUAGCUGUGAGUUGCAACGGGAAAAUUUUGCCAAAGGUGUUGAUUGACAAUGGAUCUGCGCUUAAUAUCUGCCCUUGGAGUACCUUGGAAAAGCUAGGGUUGCAAGAUAUCAAGCUGAGGCCCUCAGGGACCAUAGUUAGAGGUUUUGAUGGAGCACGAAGGGAACCUAUAGGAGAAGUGGAUUUAGUCAUCGAGAUGGGGCCCGCACAGUUUCAGAUAGCUUGCCAAGUCAUGCAUUUUCCUAGUGUUUAUAAUGUUUUGGUUGGAAGGCCGUGGAUUCAUAAGUCCGGAGCUGUGCCUUCUUCAUUGCAUCAAUUGUUGAAAUUCAUAGUAAAUGACAAAUUGAUAACUAUCUUUGCCGAGGAGGAUUGCCUCGUGAUUGCUGAUUCUGGGUCCAAAGAAGAUGGUAGCCGAAGCGCCAUAGUAACCCCUCAUAGCACAGCUGAUAUCGUCUCCGUAAGUUGGAUAACAAAAGAGGAACGAGCUUUGUCAAAGGCCAGUGUCAUGAUGGCUAAGGAAAUGAUCCGCGGAGGAUAUGAGUUUGAUAAAGGGCUGGGACGUGAUCUGCAAGGAAUUCUGAAGCCAGUGAAAAUUGUGGAGAAAAAGGAUUCAUUCGGUUUGGGUUUCCGACCAACCGCUAGAGACAUCAAAGAAAUGAAGGAAUGCAAGAGAGCAGAGAAAGAAGGCAGGCCAAGGGCCCUUGAUAUUCCACCACUGCAUUAUACUUUUCCACGACCGACCGAGGAGAUGCUUGAAUUCUUGACUGUGUUCCAGGAUGUAUUUGCAUGGUCCUAUGAUGAUAUGACUGGUAUUUCAACUGAUGUGGUAGUGCAUAAGUUGCCCACAGACCCUACUUUUCCACCCGUAAAACAAAAAUCCCGAAAAUUCAAACCAGAUAUGAGCCUCAAAAUAAAAGAGCAAAUCGAAAAACAACUCAAAACCAACAUUAUCAUUGUUUCCCAUUACCCUAUUUGGCUUUCGAAUCCAGUCCCUGUUCCAAAAAAGAAUGGAGAGGUACGAGUUUGUGUUGAUUACAGAGACCUCAAUAAGGCCAGUCCUAAAGAUGAUUUUCCUCUGCCAAAUAUUCACAUUCUCCUGGACAAUACCGCUGGGCAUGAGAUUGAAUCUUUUUGUGAUUGUUUCGCUGGAUACCACCAGAUUUUGAUGGCAGAAGAGGAUAGGGAGAAGACUGCUUUUAUCACCCCUUGGGGCACGUUUUGCUACCGAGUGAUGCCAUUUGGUCUAAAGAAUGCCGGAGCUACGUAUCAAAGGACCAUGACCACCCUGUUUCAUGAUAUGAUCCACCGGGAGAUGGAGGUCUACGUGGAUGACAUCAUAAUCAAGUCUAAAAGAGCAGAGAACCAUUUGGUUGAUUUGAAGAAGCUGUUCGAAAGGUUGCGAAAGUACAAUUUGAAGCUAAAUCCUGCGAAAUGCGCCUUUGGGGCACCAGCUGGUAAAUUGUUGGGCUUCAUUAUUAGUAAGAGAGGCAUAGAGAUAGAUCCAGCAAAAAUUAAGGCAAUUCGAGAUAUGCCAGUGCCGAAAACUCAGAAAGACGUGAAAAGUUUCUUAGGAAAGAUCAAUUUUAUUGGGAGAUUCAUUGCCCAGUUGACUGCCACAUGCGAGCCGUUGUUCAAAUUGUUGAGAAAGAAUGUGCCUUUGUACUGGAGUGAAGAAUGCCAACAAGCUUUUGAUAAAAUCAAGGACUAUUUGUUACAUCCGCCAGUCUUGGUGCCACCCAAGCCAGGUCGACCAUUAAUCAUGUACCUAUCUGUGCUUGAAGAAGCAGUUGGUUGUGUCCUCGGGCAGCAUGAUGACUCUGGAAGGAAGGAGCAAGCCAUUUACUAUCUAAGCAAGAAGUUCACGCAGUAUGAGGCUAAUUAUUCAUUCAUUGAGAAAAGCUGCUGUACAUUGGCCUGGGCUGCUCAAAAGCUGAGACACUACCUGUUGAGCCAUACCACUUAUCUUAUUUCCCGAUCUGAUCCUUUGAAGUAUCUCUUGGAGAAGCCGAUGCUAACUGGACGUCUGGCUAAAUGGCAGAUAAUUCUCUCAGAGUUCGAUAUUGUUUUCACUUCACAGAAGGCCGUCAAGGGGCAAGCUAUAGCUGAUCAUUUGGCAGAAAAUCCAAGGGAUGAUGAUUAUCAACCACUUCAUACUUAUUUCCCUGAUGAGAAAGUCUUAUUUGUAGGCGCCACGGACGAUAUAAGUGAGCAAAGCCCUGAAUGGAGGCUUUUCUUCGAUGCCAAAUUGCAAUUUGCUUGUACAAACAACAUGGCUGAAUAUGAAGCCUGCAUUUUUUGUCUCAAAAUUGCUUUAGAAAUGGAAAUCAAAGAGUUGAUAGCUUUCAGUGAUUCAGAUUUGCUCGUGCACCAAACCUUGAAGCAGUGGAUAACCAAGGAUUCAAAAAUUUUGCCCUACCAUAGUAGUUUGCUCACUCUGGCAAAGCAAUUUCAAAAUUUGGAGUUCAGACAUCUCCCGCGAGCCCGAAACGCAUUUGCUGAUGCUUUGGCCACCUUAGCCUCUAUGAUCCAGUAUCCAGAUGAAUUGAGGAUCGAACCAAUUCAGAUUCAACUUCAAGACAAGCCUGCCCACUGUUGGGUUGUAGACAAGUCCUCUGACAAUAUUCCUUGGUAUAAUGAUAUUAAGGAGUUUCUCAAAACUGGGUCUUACCCUCUGUAUGCUAGUACAAAGGACAAGAGUUUUCUGCGUAGAAUGGCUUCAAAUUUUUUCUUAAGUGGAGAAGUUUUGUAUAAACGAACCUCAGAUUUGAACCUGUUAAGGUGCAUUGAUGAAGACGAAGCUCAAUAUAUGAUGAAAGAAGUGCAUAGUGGCGUUUGUGGACCUCACAUGAAUGGCCAUUUGCUAGCAAAGAAAAUCAUGAGAACCGUCGCCCCAUGGCCCUGUUCAAUGUGGGGUAUGGACGUGAUUGGUACAAUUGAUCCGCCCGCCUCGAAUGGACAUCGAUUUAUAUUGGUGGCAAUUGAGUACUUUACCAAAUGGGUUGAAGCGGAGUCAUUCAAACAUGUAACGAAGAAGGUAGUUGCCAAUUUCUUGAGAGAUCACAUCAUCUGUCGCUUUGGGGUACCCGAAACGCUUAUUACAGACAAUGCCAAGAAUCUGAACAAUGACAUGGUAGAUGGACUAUGUGAGCAGUUCAAGAUCAAACACCGCAACUCUGCCAUUUAUAGGCCUCAGAUGAAUGGAGCUGUAGAAGCCGCAAACAAGAAUUUGAAGAAGAUACUCAUGUAUGGAAUGGAAGCUGUAUUACCAGUCGAAGUUGAAAUUCCUUCGCUACGAAUCCUCAUGGAAGCUAAGUUGGAGGAGGCUAAUUGGAUAAAGCAGCACUAUGAGCAAUUGACUUUGAUCGAUGAAAAGCGGUUCAGUGCUAUCUGUCAUGGUCAGUGCUACCAGAAACGUGUGGCCUGGGCUUACAACAAAAAAGUCCAUCAGCGUGCAUUCGAAGAAGGUGACAAAGUACUAAAGCGAAUUUUGCCGAUGCAAGAUAAAGCUAAAGGCAAAUUUGCUCCAAAUUGGCAAGGGCCGUUCAUUGUCCAAAAGGUAUUACCUGGCGGAGCGCUUAUUUUGGCAGAAAUGGAUGGACGAGCAUUCCCUCAACCCAUCAACUCAGACAUGUGCAAGAAGUUUUUCAUUUGA